GCCGAUUCAACCUUUUCAUCCAACAUGAUCAUCUCAACGUCUCAACUUCGUCUCACCCAUCACAUCGAUUUCAAACCUACGCUAUCAUGGCAAUGGCUUCAUGGAGCGUAGUAUUCUCGAUUUUCGCUGUUUCCGUCGGAAUCUAUCAGCUCUAUGUAUCGCCUAUUCUGGACGCAAUUUCCGUUUUCCGAGUACACCAACCUUUGAACGAUUUUACGAGCUGCAGUAUCAUACCAGAACUCAAGGCUUGUGAAAAAAUCGUCUUACACCAGCCUUCCGGCAAACUGUUUCUCGCUUGCUCUUCUCCCGAGAGUCGUACCCAUUGGUUACCCCCUAUGGAUCUCCUUGACGCAGAGGGUCGAUCAACUGAGGACUAUGUGGCUAUAUUUGAUCCCAAAUCCAAAACAAUUACGCGUCUGACACUUGAGAAUUUCGACUCGGCCAGAGGAUUGUCGGUUCAUGGGAUGGAUGUCGUCCCGUCGUCGUCCAAUCCGAAGGAGAUCUUCGUCUAUCUAGUCAACCAUCGUCCCCCUCUUUACGAUGACCCCAAGGAAGUCGGUGCAGACUCUACCAUAGAGAUUUUCAGAACCACACUCACGAGCGGGAAAUUAAUUCACUUGCGCACAGUUGAGGAUCCCUCUAUCAUCACCCCCAACGAUGUUAUUGGUUACUCCGAUGGUAAAAGCUUUUACUUCACCAAUGACCAUGGUCGUAAGGUUAUGAAGCUACGGACACUCCGAGAAUUUUUCAGGCCUGCUGCCUCGGUUGGCUACUGUCAUAUUGGCAAUGGCUGCAAGCUUGUAGCAAGGAAAAUGACAGGUAAUAAUGGCAUCGUGAAGGCUCCGAAUGGAACCAUCUUUGUGGCGGGUAGCCUUGCGAAAGCAGUGCACGUUUUCGAUCGACAAGAAGACAAUUCUAUCGUUUUGGCGGACGUGAUACCUUGCGAGACCCCUCUGGAUAACCUCUCGAUUGAUGUUGACGGGGUUGUGUGGGGAGCAGGUUUUCCUAGUGUAUUGUCUACGGCACGCCAUAUCCAACGUCCGACGACGCCCGCACCUUCAGUUGCGUGGAAAUUUGGCAUCAACGCCGGCCCUAACUCGUUUUACGGUGAGAAAUUCAAAGUUGAACGGGCAUUCGAAGACAACGGUACCCUGGUCUCAGGCGCUACAUCUGUUGUGCACGAUGCCGAACGUCAAUUGGUAUUCUUCCAUGGCAUCGCUGCUCCCUGGUUAACGGUCUGCAAAGUUUGAGGUACUCUCAGACACUUUCACCAGGUAUCAUAAGAGAUCAUAAGUAGUGAUAAGUAGGCUUUGCAUGUAUUCUACAUCACGCAACUUGCUGCCGA